AAAUGCGUCCUUUCCCUUUUCUGCCGCUCCCCCGCCUCUUCCUCAUUUUGUAAGGCGCGUUCCAUCGGCCGCUCCAGCCGCCGGAGAGACGGCUUGCAUCUGCCAAGCGCGGGGGCGCCGGCGGGAUCUGUUCGUCUGCCUCUUAAACCGGGGUGUCGAGAGCGUGCGAAGAACCAGCCGAGUCAGCGCGGGGCGGAGGAACCACGCAGUAAUUGGAUUUUUAAAAAAUCACUGAAAAGCCCCUGGAGUAAAAUGCGCGGAGCAAGCGGGAGGAGCAAUCGUAAUCCGUUUAACUCUGAAGCCUAAAAUCCCAGGCAUUAUUUUUUUUUUAAAGGAACGGAGAGCAAGCGAAAUUGCCACGGAGGGACUUUCUCAAGGACUUGUUCUUCCACACCCGUCGCCUCCAAUGAAACUUUUUUAUAUAUAAAAAGGAAGAAAACCCCUAUGGACUGAUUUCGCGCGGCGGGGAAAAAAAGGCUCCAGCCCUUGCGAUUUCGUUGGGAACCAGGUACUUUUGGGACAAACCGAGGCGUGUGUUUUGAGUGUUGGAAAGACCCGUUCCGGAGGCGAGGCAAACGCGGAGAGGCUUCCCGGUCCUGGCUGCUCCGCAGACGGAUCCCUGCACAGCCCUUUGGCGAGCGAUCAACGGGAGAGCCGGCUGAGCGAGCGAUCCGCCCCUCCCGCCUCCCCCACCCGAGAGCAGGCGGCUGCAAGAGCGAGCCAGCCCCGCCGCCGCCGCCUGACCCCUUUUGCAGCUCGCCCCGUUGGAGGAAAGUCGCGGAGGUCCUCCCUGGUGCUCCGCGCUUCUCUCCCGGGUGCGCGCGUGUUCGGCUGCCCGCCGCUGCGCCGGAUCAUGGGCCGGGGAGCGUCGUGCAGGAGGCGGGCGGCGCCCCUUCCUCCUCCGGCCGCGGGCCUGUGGGCCUUGGCUUGGUGCGCCCUGGUCUGGGGCUUCCCUCGGGGCGCCGGCGCGCAGCCUUACCAGGGCGAGAAGGGCAUCUCGGUGCCGGACCACGGCUUCUGCCAGCCCAUCUCCAUCCCUCUGUGCACGGACAUCGCCUACAACCAGACCAUCUUGCCCAACCUGCUGGGCCACACGAGCCAGGAGGACGCGGGCCUGGAGGUGCACCAGUUCUACCCGCUGGUGAAAGUGCAGUGCUCGCCCGAGCUGCGCUUCUUCCUGUGCUCCAUGUACGCGCCCGUCUGCACCGUCCUGGAGCGGGCCAUCCCUCCCUGCCGCUCGCUCUGCGAGAGGGCGCGCCAGGGCUGUGAGGCCCUCAUGAACAAGUUCGGCUUCCAGUGGCCCGAGCGCCUCCGCUGCGAGAACUUCCCCGUCCAGGGCGCCGACGAGAUCUGCGUGGGCCAAAACACCUCGGACACCUCGGGGGGGACGGGCGGCGGCGCCCCCGGGGGCGGCUACCCCCCCUCCGCCGCCUCCUUGCCCACUCCCCCUCUGCCCGACCCCCCCUCGCACCCUCUGCCCCCCUCCAGCUCCGCCUUCUCCUGCCCCCGCCAGCUCAAGGUGCCCCCUUACCUGGGUUACCGCUUCCUGGGCGAGAGGGACUGUGGCGCCCCCUGUGAGCCGGGCCUGCCCCACGGCCUGAUGUACUUCAAAGAGGCGGAAGUCCGCUUUGCCCGCCUGCUGGUGGGCAUCUGGUCCGUGCUGUGUUGCGCCUCCACCCUCUUCACCGUGCUGACCUACCUGGUGGACAUGCGGCGCUUCAGCUACCCGGAGAGGCCCAUCAUCUUCCUCUCAGGGUGCUACUUCAUGGUGGCCGUGGCGUACGUGGCCGGCUUCGUCCUGGAAGACAAGGUGGUGUGCGUGGAACGCUUCUCAGAGGACGGCUACCGCACAGUGGUGCAGGGCACCAAGAAGGAGGGCUGCACCAUCCUCUUCAUGAUCCUCUACUUCUUCGGCAUGGCCAGUUCCAUCUGGUGGGUCAUCCUCUCACUCACCUGGUUCCUGGCGGCCGGCAUGAAGUGGGGCCACGAGGCCAUCGAGGCCAACUCCCAAUACUUCCACUUGGCCGCCUGGGCUGUGCCGGCCAUCAAGACCAUCACCAUCCUGGCCAUGGGGCAGGUGGACGGAGAUGUUCUCAGCGGGGUCUGCUACGUGGGCAUCUACAGCGUGGACGCCCUGCGGGGCUUCGUCCUGGCUCCGCUCUUCGUCUACCUCUUCAUCGGCACCUCCUUCCUGCUGGCCGGCUUUGUGUCGCUCUUCCGGAUCAGGACCAUCAUGAAGCACGAUGGCACCAAGACGGAGAAGCUGGAGAAGUUGAUGGUGAGGAUUGGGGUCUUCAGCGUCCUCUACACGGUGCCGGCCACCAUUGUGCUGGCCUGCUACUUCUACGAACAGGCCUUCCGGGACACCUGGGAGAGGACCUGGCUCCUGCAGACCUGCAACAGCUACGCCAUCCCUUGCCCUGCCAACGUGGCUCCCAUGAGCCCCGACUUCACGGUCUUUGUCAUCAAGUACCUCAUGACCAUGGUUGUAGGCAUCACCACCGGCUUCUGGAUUUGGACGGGCAAGACCCUCCAGUCCUGGCGCCGCUUCUACCACAGACUCAGCACCGGGAGCAAAGGGGAGACGGCUGUAUGAGCCUCUUCCGCCACUCGCAGGCUGUCUCCCCAAAGCUGCUCUCCUGCUUCUUGUGGAGAAGACUUGAUUGUAGAAGGAAAGAGGGAACUGGUGAGACGUCUGCUGUUUUCCUUCAAACUCUGCCUCUUCUUCUUGCCACCGCAAAGAUAAAGAUGGUUGCUGGCUUCUUUCGCCUUGCAGGCUGGCCAAAUUGAAGAGUUGAAGAUUAAGUGUCCUUCUUAAGACUGCUCCUUGGGACAGUAAAUUUCUUAACCCUGUGAGAAUUUCUUUACUUCCCAGCCCUUUUUUUUUAAAGUGCUGCAGUAUCUGUUCAAAGGGAAAUGUUGGGAUUGUGCCAAGGAUAGAAGCUGGGGAGACAGCAUAGGAAAGGGGGGGGGAAGCAAUAUAUCCCCCCCCCAAAAAAAUUGGUCACAUUUGUGGAUUUAUGUGCUGUCAGAUUGGAAGUUCCUAACUCCCCCACCCCAAAUCCAGAGUCCUGAUUCACAGCCUUUGUCAUCUGCAUCCUGGCAGAUUUUAUUUUUCUCAGACAACGCUGCAAAUUGGAAGUCUUGAUCCCUGUACUUCUAUUUUGUGUGUCUUCUGUCUGCAAACUUCUUUAGGAAUCUUCAGUUCCACCCUCUGCAUGACUUACUCAGAAAGCCAUCCCUUUAAUUUCAAGGCUCUUACUCCUAAGUAAGUAUGUGUAUAGGAUUUUAGCGUCCUCUGUAGACUUACUUGUGAGUAAGACUCCACUGGGUCUUCCUCCUGAGUAGACCCCUUUAGGAUUUCCCUGUUAAGUUUCACUGACCUCUGUGAAACUUCUCUCCUGAGUUUAAUGCAUGUUAUAUAGGCUCUGCGGAAAAAGCUUUCUCCCCAAAAGUUUUUUCCCCAAAUGAAUCCCUGCUUUGGCAGAAGGUAUCUUGCUGGGGUGGGGGAGGAGAGGAGCUUUCUGUGCAGGAUUCUGAAAAAAGAAUUGACAUGUUGAUUUUCAGUAGAAUGCGAUUUACCCCCUUUUGUUAGCGGAGACAAAAGAGAAACAAAAGUGUAUUUCUCUGCGCCAAGGCAUAAGCAUGGGAUCAGUUUUUUAUGGGGAAACUUAACAAAGAAUUUGUUGAGGUUCAGCCAUGGAGCUCGCUGGCUCAGGCAGGUCCACAUUCCUUUUAUGAACACAAGAGGGAAGUUUCAGAAAGGUCUCCUGUUUAACUCAAUCUGAGACUCACCCACUGUUUUAAAAAAAAUGGGAGUUUUAAUUUGGAACACUUGACAAAACAGGCCACAUCAAAAUCCGCAAAGCAGGUGGUUAUAAUAUCUCUUGGUCACAAGGCUGCAGUUUCCUCUGCUAAUUACAGAGAUCACCCUUAAAUACUAAAAAAGGGGGAAAGACUUUGAAACCGACAACUGCAGCAGAAAGAUAUUUAUCAGCCCAGACCUAAAUCCCGUUCUCUGUUCACGUGGUUUUAAAAGCCCGUUGAAAUCAGUGUUAUAGUUUCUUUUUUAAAAAUCUAAUUCUGUGCUGGGUUGUGGCCAUCAUUAUGGAGAAAUAGAUUUUAUCGGAAAUGAGACUUUCAGUGCUCUCCUGUCCAUUUUUACGCUGUUUGCUGGGUUCGCUGGGGCUUAUUCUGUAGUGAACGUGUUAAUUUUGUGUGCUUGACCACCAUCCAGCAAAAAGUUGUGGCCACAAACCUGCGUGCACAUAAUCAGGGGGGGGAAGUUCCACACAGUGCUGCUUACUUAGAUUCUGAGUGGCCUGUAAUUAAUCAUCUCUAACUUUAAGUCCCAUUGACAUGUCCCAAACAGCUAAACUUUUGGGUUUUGCUCAAGCUGUUAAAUGAAUGGUAAACGGCAGCUGUUGGUUUCUCUUCUUCCUAAACUGGGCAGUUCUUUUUUUUUUAAAAAAAAGCAUAAUAAAUACAUGUUCAGAGUCUGCCCUGCUGUAUUCUGGGAGUAAGGAAUACUUCUGAGUAGACCAGUAUAGGAUGGUGCUGUCGGUCUCUUUCCUUGAACCUUGUUAAACAGAAAGUCUUCUGAAAUAAAAAGGGUGUUUUCAGCACAGCAUCAUCAUAUGUGAAAUUCUCCACACAGCCAUUCAUCGAAAUAAAUUAAGUUUUACUUCAGAAGCAUUUCAUGUUCCUUUCUGAAAUGUUCCAGUGCUCUCAAGUCUCUUAAAUUAUGUUAAAUUGACCUUUUCAUAUAUAGAUAAAUUAAGGGGUUUUCUUUCUUUUUUUUAAAGCUUUCUGUGAACCUAAGGGGUUUGAAUUUAUUUUUGCUUGAAAGACUAAUUGGAGAACGGCAGGCUUUUAACAAGCUCUGCUUCUAUUUCCCCUUCCUAUGGCUGUAAUAACUUUCUUUAUAUGUAUGAACGGAGAUCCAAGUUUUUAAAUAAAUAGAAAGUAUUGGAAAGGGAAAGUCAUCGGGGUGGUGAGUGUGUGCAGGGCAUAGUGUUUGGGAAUGAGGCAGCAAAGGAGG